AUGUUGACGAGAUGCUCGAGUGAUCGGCUUGCCAAGCCAGGCUCAAACGCACCUUGGGCGAACCACGUACUAGAGGGCAAGGCACCGCUGUUUUUCCGCGUUCUCCAUGAUGCUACGCCUGUGGACAACCUGCGCUGUAUAACCAGUGCCAGUGCCCGACGUUCUGCAGAGGAAUUCCCGGAGCCGCCGUCGACGACUCCAAAAUCAGAGAAUCAUGCCCAUACAUGGGAAGACGAGGACCUGUGGGAGAAGAAGUUUGUGAGUCCAAAAUCGGAGGAGAACGGAGGAACUUCUGAAGAGUUUCCAGAAAUAAGCAGUGCAGAAGUGAGCUCAAAGACGCCCAUUCAA